AUAGUACCGGCGGAAGUGAGUGGAACAAGCCUUGCGGCCUGUUUCAGAAAGGCGAAAAUGUCGACUGGGAUGGGAAAGCACAAAAUGCUGUCUCUGGGUCCGACUGAGCCCUGGUCUAUUCGGGAGAAACUGUGUCUCGCCUCCUCCGUGAUGAGAAGUGGAGAUCAGAACUGGGUGUCUGUAAGCAGAGCCAUCAAGCCUUUCUCCGAGUCUGGACGACCCCCAGACUGGUUCUCCCAGAAGCACUGUGCCUCCCAGUAUUCUCAACUACUGGAAACCACAGAGGCUCCAAAACGUAAGCGGGGUGAGAAAGGGGAGGUGGUGGAGACCAUCGAGGAUGUGAUCGUCCGCAGAUUGACGGCAGAGAGAAUCGAGGAGCUCAAGAGGCUGAUCAAAGACACACAGGAGAAGUACAGGAAACUGAAGAAAGAGGUGGAUUUGAUCCAGGCAGGUCAUGUGGACCCUAAACUGGAGGAGCUGUGGGCAGAAAUGGAGCUAAAGAAGAAGCAGGAAGAAGAGGAGGCAGAGCAGAAAAAAAGGGCAACUGAGGCAGCCUAUCAGAUUCGUCAGGCAGCUAAGAACACACCAAAGAGAGUUCCCAGUGUGACUGUACGCUCUCCGCCCGGCGCUAGCUCUCCAAGCAUGGACAUUUUACAGCCAGAUGCAUCGCAGCCAAUGACGGAUGAAUCCUGUGCCAGUCCCAUGGCUCAAGGAGUGACCGUCUUCAUGCCUGUGUCAGAUGUCAUGGGUCCAGGACCUAAAGAGUCAGGACUGAGCGCUCUAGUGGACGACUCUCCACAGAAGAAACACCUCGCUCCGAAAGCCACACCUCCUCCCUCACCGCUGCUGUCUGAACUGCUGAAGAAGGGCAGUCUCAUUGCUGCCAGCUCCAGACUGGUGGUUGAAGGUGAAGUGGCCACAGGUUUGAGUAAUGGUUCUCAUGCAGUUGAGCUUCACACUUCUGCAACAGUUCUUCCUGCUACUCAAGAUAUCACAGCAGAUGCUCCUACUCUAUCUCGUCUGUUGGAGAGCGUCACCCCAGCACAGCAGCCUGUGAGCGCUGAUCCCCCUAAGCCCCCUACUGUGGUCCCUCCAGCCCCGGACCACCUCUCUGUGCCCAAAACAGGAGAUGCAGUCGUCGCUGAAGGUUCUGGAGCUGAGGCUGUAAUGGCAGGUUCAUCCACACCUGCGGAGGUGGAGGGGAAAGAGACAGAGCUGGUGGAGGAGGACACAGUGGUGUCAGUGUCAUACAUGGGCCACGAACUGGACCUGGAGACUGUGGGAGACAUCAUUGCAAUCAUAGAGGAGAAGGUGGACGACCCUGUGGAGGCUCUGGAUGCAGCGGCAGUGGAGGCGGCUCUCUCCCUCUGUGAGGAUCCAGCAGUCGGUGGUCACCCCCUCACCAGCCCCUGGGAAUCACAGACAUUUAAGGCAGCCGAACCAGAGCCUAUGAUCCAGCAGAGUUCCAUCCCAGCGGGCGCAGAAAGUGUCCCGAACUCUGCAGGUGUGCAGGGCGAAAUGGAGGUUUUGGUAGAAGAGGCUACAGAAACCGAAGCAGUUGAGAGGGUGACAGAGGAGCCUGCGAUGCCCUCUGCCCCGGAAACAGAGCAGAGCCAAGACUCAGAGGUUAAGACGGAGGUCAAGAGGGAAGGAGAGGGUGAAGGGGGUGUGGAGGAAACGGCGCAGCCGGAGAACAGAACACCGAGUCCAGCUGUGAAGUGUGAAGGGGAGGACUGGGUUCAGCCAGAGACCGUGACACCCUGUCUGGAUUCAGAAGAUAGCUCGGCCUCAGCAAAAGAUGCAAAGGAGGUGAAGGAGGAGGAUGGAGGGAGUGAGGUGGAUGUGGAUGAAGGUAUGGAGCUGAAGGAGUGUGGCGAUGGGGACGGUGAGGGCCCGUAUCUCUCCGAGGUGGAUCCUCCUGCCAGUGAGAGUGAGGAUGGAUACGGCAGUCACUCGCAGCGCUACACCACUGCAGACUCCACCGCCAGCAGCCCGGCCUCAUCACAGUUCUCCAUGUGUAGUGAAGAUCAGGAGGCCUUACAGGCUCAGAAGAUCUGGAAGAAAGCUAUAAUGUUGGUUUGGCGAGCAGCAGCCAAUCACAGGUAUGCCAGUGUGUUUCUGCAGCCUGUGUCUGAUGACAUCGCACCGGGGUAUCACAGCAUUGUACACAGACCAAUGGACCUCUCAGCCAUCAAGAAGAACAUCGAGUCUGGCCAGAUCCGCACCACGGCCGAGUUCCAGCGGGACAUUAUGCUGAUGUUCCAGAACGCAGUGAUGUACAACAGCUCGGAUCACGACGUUUAUCACAUGGCCCUAGAGAUGCAGAGAGACGUUCUGGAGCAGAUCCAGCAGUUCUUGGCCACUCAGCUGAUCAUGCAGACGUCAGAGUCAGGCAUCAGCACUAAGAGCCUGCGCGGAAGAGAAGCCAACCGCAAACAAGACCCCAAUGAGAAGACCCUGAGUCCUGCACACAAAGAGCCUCAUUUAGAGCCAGAACCACCAGCCAGAAGGAAAAGGAACAACUCCAAACAAGACACUGUUGAGAAGGACGGAGGCACCAGAGGGCGCCGCAGUGCCAUUGAGGCCGAUAUGAAGAUGAAAAAGUGAAGCGACACGCCGUCACAAGUUCAAAUAAGACAUAUUUCCCUGUUUCUGUAAGGCUUUCGGGCUACGUUUAGUUACUCGAGUUUGAUUCAGCAGUUUGACACAGUCUAGUUAGAAAAAAAAAAAGAGACUUUAUAAGGGCUUGACCCUUUUUCCACAGAAAUCCUUCAGUCCUAGAGCUGAAAAACUGAUCCAAUGUGCUCGGACUCACUUGUUUGAGUUUAGAGGAAGUUUUUGAUUUAAUGUCAUCAUUGGCGUCUUAAAAAAAUGCUGAAUGUACCACCAUGAUGACCACUAGAUGGUUAGAAACCAGAAUGUUACCUUCUGAAACCUUAUAAGCCAUUGUUCAAACACAAAGAUCAUCGUCGCCUUAUCACAUUGGGGAACGCUGAACGUCAAGAGCAAUAAAAAAAAAAAUGCUCUUCUCUAGGAAUGAAGAUGGAUCCUCGGUUUUCUUUUAACUCGAUUUCUUUGCCUAGUCAGGAUGAUUACAGUUUAAAGGCCUGAAGUACUACACUAUGUUCUUCAAAGUCAGUAUAUCUGUACGUUUAGAAAGAACAUAUAGUUUUGUACAGGGUCUUCGUGUACAGUGUUUUUGUAUAGUGUCGUGAAAUGUUUUAAUAAAACAUGAGUCUGCAAAUAAAAAAAAGGGAAGUUGAUGGG